AUGGCUUCGGUCUCGCCUCGCGGACUUGCGGACUGGCGGACUCGAGGCGCGAACAUAAGGAGUCCGAAGCAGCGGAACACAUGGCAUGGACAUGGAAGCCAUAAGAAUGCUGUCGUCGAGCCAAGAAGCUGCCAACCAGUCCGACUCCAACUGGAAGUCCCAUUGCAAAGCAAACGCACUAUUACGAGGCAACCGAAGCGGCGGUGCCAGAAAAAGAAAGUUAUUGGAGCCGGUUGUGGCCGCCACCUGCUGCCACCCUCCCUCGUCGCUGCGCUUUGCAUGCUGAUCAUCUUCCAGCUGGGAGCGACUCCUUCGGCGAGCUCCAUGUCGCCGUCUAAUGAGACCGCCUGGCCACCCUUGCGACACUACGACAUUUGGGACGAUCCGGUUGAUCCCGAGGAGGAUUCCCUAACGGAGGAGGCGGACUUCAAGCUGCAAACUGGAAUUCAGGAGGAGUUGGAUAUGGAGUGGCAGCAGCAGGACAUCUCCGAGGGGAGUUUCAACCAUACCAACAAACGACAGGGAAAGGUGAUCCACCUGUUCCCUGUGCCCGUGGACGGCGACUGCCUGUCCAACGAUGGUCGGCGGAUGGGCAACUGCCUCAACGCCUACGAGUGCCACCAGAAGAACGGACAGGCGAAGGGAGAGUGCGCCAUGGGAUUCGGGGUGUGCUGUGUGUUUGUGGCCAGCUGCAACACCACCAUCUCGAACAACAUCACCUAUAUCGUCUCGCCGGGAUUCCCCAGCUUCAUGCCCAGCAACUUCAGCGGCUGCAGCCUGCGGGUGAAGAUGAUGAGCGACGAGAUCAGCCAGGUGAGGAUCGACUUCCACCACUUCACUUUGGGCCAGCCAAAUCGAAGGACUGGCGUGUGCGACGGCGAUGUGUUCAGUAUAGGCGGCGGACCAGGGGGCAACUUCUCCAUCUGCGGUCAGAACAGUGGGCAGCAUUUGUACUACGAUGUGGGAGCGCGAGCUUCACCAAGGCAGUCCACUCUGUACGGGAGCCUUCGCCCGGUGGAUGCAAGCAACGCCACCAGCAACUCCACGUCCACUGGCGAACGCUUCGUCGACAUCAACCUCAACCUGUCCAAUCGCUUCCUGCCCCUCCGCAUUUGGGAAAUGAGUGUGGUCCAGAUCCCCUUCAAUCAGCGCGCUCCUGCGGGUUGUCUGCAAUACCACACGGGAACAGAGGGCGUCAUGCAGACCUUCAACUUCGCCGAGAAUGGCCGGCACUUGGCCAACCAGAACUACAGGAUCUGUGUACGUCAGGAGCUGGAUAUGUGCUCGAUCAUGUACCAGCCGUGCGAUGAACAGUCCUUCCGGAUUGGCGGUGGCGGUCGAAUGGCCACCAGAGCAGGAGAAUCCUCUGCAGGAGCACAGACAGCUUCCAAUCCGGGCGUGGCACAAUCUGAUGCGGCAGGUGCCACAGCAGCACCGGGUAAUGCAGCAAUGACCACUGCUGCUCCCACUUCCAGCACCCUGAUGCAGAUGCUGGCCAACAUGGCCAACAUGGCCAACUCCACCACUGCUACACUCGCGACCAUGAUGUCUGGGAACUCCACUCCAGCGGCAAGUGCUGCAUCCCCAGGAAGCAACGUGAACAGCAGCAGCACCAGCAGCAGCAGCAGUACGGCCGCCAUGAGCACGACGACAACAUCGACAACCACUCCGACUCCCCUCCGCUCCAGCACAGAAGCUUCCACCACCACCUCGCAGGCACCGGCAUCCUCGCCAGCCGCCGACGACGUGGAGGGCUCAGGAGGCGGCGACGGGGAAGAUGGUGACGACGACGAUGACGGCGGGUUCCUGUUCUUCAGAAGUCGACCCACAACUGAAGAACCGGGCGUCUCCCGACGCCCACGGCCCAGUGGAGGCUUCGACAUAAUGGGCAUGAUUCGGAAUGCCCUCGACCUGCCGCUGAAGUGGCGUCGUCGGCAGGGCCGCCAGUUCUUCAGCACCUGUUCGGAUAGGAUAACAAUGCCCUGCAUCAUCGAGGACUUCAUCGGCACAGGGCUGGGCCCUCUUCCCGGGUGCGAACCCGUCCACUGUGGCGCCCAGUUCUGCUCGUCGGGCGUGUGGCCGUGUCGCAUCGAGAGCACAGUGACCCCGUUUUACAUAGGCGUCCAUUUCGGAAACGGGAUGGGUGCUGGCAAGGCGAAUGCCGAGGACAACGUGGGCGCUUGUCUGCGGUUCUCCCAGGUGCAGUGCAUGUAGGAGUUUCGUUUUCGUUUUAGAAAAUACAGAGGGUU